UUUUUAUUUAUUGUAAUUUAUGUUUCAUUUCCCUCUUUUUUCAAGAUCUCUGCUUGCUGUCAGUAAAUGUAAGUAUUCAUAUUAUGAAUCCAAACCUGAAAAAAACCCAUCCAGACCUGUUGCAUGGAGGAGCUGAGGGUUCGUUUCAGUUGUAGACAAUCCUCUGUGAGGACAAUAGCCUAAUACAUUUUAACCUGCACUGAUACAUUGUAACAAACCAGCAAUGGUCAGGAAAGAGAUUUGUGUUCCUGCUGUGGGCACUGAUGGGUUAACCAGAUAAGUUGUAUCAGUGAGUGAUGAUAAGUUUGUGCUUAGUUGACAGAUCGGGGUCUGGUCUAGUAUAUCGUAUAAUGUCCAGGCUGAUAGCGGUGACACACUGAUCACAGCAGGGCGACGUUCACAUUGCAACACCAUGUCUGGUAUCAGGCAGACUUUGAUCCCCAAUACCCAGGCUGCAGGAAAUCCUUCUCCGUGCACUCACAGCAUGGCGAUUGAAUUUGCCCCACGCUCCGUCCCCUUAGAGCGGAGGCUGCAGACGGCGGCCGUGGUCCAGUGGGUGUACUCCUUCCUGGCUCUGGCUCAGACCUGCAUCCUCCUGUUCUUCAUCCUCCUCUUCACCCGCUUCUGGGUUAUCAGUGUCCUGUAUGGGGUCUGGUGGUUCAUAGACUGGGACACCCCCAACCAGGGGGGCAGGAGGGGCCGCUGGCUGCAGAGGAGCGCGGUGUGGAGAUACCUCCGGGACUACUUCCCUAUAAAGUUGAUUAAGACAGUAGAUUUGGAUCCAAGUAGAAACUACAUUUUCGGGUUCCACCCACACGGGGUCCUCAUCGCCGGAGGUUUCGCAAAUUUUUGCACCGAGGCCACUGGAUUUUCUGACCUGUUUCCGGGAAUCUCAUCGUACCUCCUGAUGUUGCCGCUCUGGUUCCGAGCACCAUUUUUCAGGGACUAUAUUAUGAGUGGUGGAUUGAUCCCGUCAGACAAGGAGAGCGCCACCUACUUGCUGAAACAAAAAAAUAGUGGAAUCGCCGUUGUCAUCGCCGUGGGCGGAGCCGCUGAAUCCCUGGACGCACGACCUGGCGCUUUUACCAUAUUGCUGAAAAACAGGAAAGGGUUCAUUAGACUCGCCAUCGAAAAUGGGGCUUACUUGGUCCCAGUUUUUUCAUUUGGGGAAAAUGAACUUUUUGACCAAGUGGAGAACCCGAAAGGAUCAUGGCUGAGGGCGAUCCAGGAGAAGCUGCAAAAAGUCAUGGGUGUGGCGUUACCCCUGUUCCACGCUCGGGGGGUCUUUCAGUACAGCUUUGGCCUGAUGCCGUAUAGAAGACCGAUCAACACAAUUGUUGGGAAGCCGAUCCCAGUGGCAGAGAAUCCGCACCCAUCCAAUGCUGAAGUUGACCGGUUGCACGAGUUGUAUAUGGAGAAACUUUCUGAACUUUUUGAGGAGCACAAAUCCCGCUAUAACGUUGCGGCCGACAAACACCUGACAUUCGCAUAAUGGACGCUGUGAUUCCUGCCCCGAUCUCUUAUUAUUUCCUAAUUUCUGUCUUAAUUUUGACGCUGUAGAAAUAUCCAGUAAUUGAUAAUAGAUCAGCAAAAGUUAAGAGAAUCAACAAUUUUCUCAAUCAAUUCUAAAUAUUUAUU